UUGGAGACGAGUGUGCUGCUGCUGUGUUGUUGUGUGUUUUGUUUGAGACACAAUUACAAACCUUUUUUUUGUGCGAAUAUGACAGUGUUUUUCCUGGACUCUCGGACUUGAGUGGAGGAGGUGUUUUUUUGGUCGUUUUUAUUUGGCGGUGACAUGUGAAAUGUUGCUGCGCGGUUUGUCGGUAUUUCCAGGCGGCGACGCACAGACUCAACCAGGCUAGAGACGCUAACUAGCAGCUCGACUAGCCUCCUCUAUUUAGCCUCUCCUCUCCUCUGCUGCUUUUAUAUAUAGAUAUAUAUCACUACUUUCUGUUUUGUGUUUUAAGUGCAUAAAACCACUCGGGAUUAUUUGCUGCUGCUUUAAUUUGACACCACGUCGCUGUUUCAAUGCACAGCUGCUAAUAGCUCAUGGUAGCCACUCUGGACACUGCUGGGAGUAAAAGAGAAAGACAGAGAGAGAGAGGGCCCCAUUAUUAAAUAUCUUGACGUCUAGUCCUGCUUAUAUUAACUAGACUGAUGCAUGCAAGGUGUUAAAGCCAGGAGCUCAAACCCCAUCACCACACAUUUUUUUGUUUUGUUUUGGCUGACAUGGCAGCCAGCGGAUACUCGGACCUGAGGGAGAAGCUGAAAUCCAUGACUCCUCACAGGGAUGAACACAAGACUAAUAAAUACGUGGACGGGACGAGUAAUGGCAGUGGGAAAGGUGGCAAGCGUAAAUACAGGGAGUCAGAUGAUGAUGAGUGUGAGCACAGUGAUGACAGCGCCGAGCAUCGGGAGCUAGAGGCCGACCGGGUGAAGAGCAGCAUCCUGCAGAAAAACAUCUUCACCCCGGAGGAGUGUGCACACAUCGAGGAGAAGAUAGACGAGGUGGUUGCAACAGGAGAGGCUGGGCUGUACAGGGAGCACACUGUGGACAGGGCACCCCUCCGCAACAAGUACUUCUUUGGUGAGGGUUACACGUAUGGAGCCCAGCUGGAGAAGCGUGGACCUGGGCAGGAGAGGCUUUAUCGCAAAGGAGAGGUGGAUGAUAUCCCCAGCUGGGUGCAUGAGCUGGUGAUCAAGAGGCUGGUGUCCAGUGGGGUUAUCCCGGAGGGGUUUGUGAACAGUGCAGUCAUCAAUGAUUAUCAACCAGGAGGAUGCAUCGUGUCACAUGUGGAUCCUCUGCACAUCUUUGCACGACCCAUCGUCUCGGUGUCCUUCUUCAGUGACAGUGCACUGUGCUUCGGCUGUCGCUUCCAGUUCAAGCCCAUCCGGGUGUCUGAGCCGGUGUUUGUGCUGCCUGUGGGGAGAGGGAGUGUCACAGUACUCAGUGGCUAUGCUGCAGAUGAAAUCACCCAUUGCAUCCGCCCUCAGGACAUAAAGGAGAGGCGUGCAGUUAUCAUCCUUAGAAAGACCAGACCUGAUGCUCCCAGACUGGACAGCACUUUAAGAUCGUCCCCAGCAGAGAGACCAGCUCCUCUGAAAGCUAAGCGCUCUCAUCGCAGAGCAGAGCCUGAUGCCGCUCACAGGCCGAGAGUUCUAGAGAUGGACAAAGAGGAGAACAGACAUCCGUCAGCUUCCCGCCAACGACGUCACAGCAUCAGCUCGGAGAACUACUGGAACCGAGGACAGGAUUACGACAAACAUCGGGAGAGUUCAGGACGCAAAGUCAAAAUGAGACGUCACUGAGAACUUCUCACACACACAUAACACACACACACACACACACACACACACACACACACACACCCGUGUACACAUAUAUAAAUAUACAAUUUCUUUUAUGUAUUUCAGUAUUGUAUCAUUCAUACUUUAUCGCUCCAGUUUGAGUCUGGCACAAGGAGCACCGUCAUUAUUUCAUCUCUGUUUUGAUUUGAGUCUGAAUCCGUUUUGAGUGUAUAUUUGUUUCUGGCAGACGAAGCUGGCGUCUCUGCUGCACAUUAAAGAUCCUCAAGUUACUUAAUACAGUUAGGCUUUGUUGGUAAACUGUUCAAUUACCCUGAAUUAAGCAUUUAUUGUUUCUAUGUUCAUAGAUAUUUCAAAAUGGCAUGUAUUUUUUGUAACCAAGAUGUACAGAGCUUAAGAGCUAAAAAGGAAGAUAUAUGUAUGGACUUGUACAAAAGGAAACCUGAGCUGUAAUCUAACUUGUUAUAAUGUACAAUACGUUUGUAUAGUCUUUGAUCGGGGGAACUUUUAUGCAGAAAGAGACCUUUAGUUUUUUUUUUCACACUUAAAUUUCUGAUCCAUACCUUUCCUGUGCCAUCUCAGAUCUUGGCUGUUUGUUCAUGCCUGCCUCCCCUGUCGCAGUUUAUGUUGCAAGGACUGGCACAUGUGCAGCCAUGCUUUCUGUGCUAUGGUUUGAUUCGGUCACGUUGCUCAUCUUGGUGGAGGUCACAAAAUGGUGUAUCGACUAAACCGCUGCGUUAUGGAGUGAUGGGAAAACUCAGGCCUCGUUUUACACUCCCGUUUCAGUAUAUAUUUGCUUUACCUGAGUGACAGAGGCCAUGUUAUAGCUGUUCUGUAUUCUGUAUUAUUUUCCUCCUAUAAAUUGACAUUUGAGUCAGAUUGAAACUUAAUUUGAGCAAAAAUCACUCCUAUUGUGUGUUGUUUAAUUUGGGUCUUAAUUUUCAGUGGAGAAACUUAAUUUCCAGAUGCAUUUGUCCUUGCGUUUGCUAUGUAAACACAUAAAUGAGUUUCUUGCUUCCUGUCUGCCACAGUUGGCUGAGGUACUCAUUAGCUGGCUGCUAGGUUAGUCUGGAGUUACACAUGAACAAAAAUAACCUUGGUUCAGGGGAGAAAUUACUUUCUAAAAGCAGUGUAAUUGAAGAUGAAGUUUGAUGUUUUCUGAAGGUCUCCUGGAGCUGUGAACUUGAACAUGACACUAAAAUAUAAGGGCUGACAUUGACGUCAUGAAAGAGGAAAAAUCCUGCAGUUUUCCUGACAGUGAAUGGGACACUUUGUGGACACAGUGGUGGCAAAUGAAGUGGUUUCGUGGGAUUCAGUGGUUGCAUUUUCGGGCUAAGAAGGCGCUGGCUGGGAGAAAUAAAGCUGAAAUUGUCUCCACAGAGUUGGCCCUGCCGUUCAUUAAAGCAGCACGCUCCCUCAAUCAAGCAACAACAAACUGGAGCGUGCCUUCGAUUGCCAGGAGCUGUGUUUGCUUUCACAUUAAUGAAAGAGCCAUACAGGUUUUUCUAACCACUAUAAAUAAAUCAUAAAAACAGUGGCUUCAUCUGAACAAUCUAACUUGUUUAUAUAUAUAUAUAAUAUUAGAUUUAUUUGGACACAUUUUUGACCAGGAUAUGAAGGAGGAGGCCACUGAUUGGACACUAUUAUUUAUAAAUUAAAGUAUUUUUUAUACAGGCUUGGUAUUUGGGGAAAUUUGCACCCAAUGACAACUCGAAAAACAUCUGAAACAAAUACUGUAUACGACUCCUGGUGUGUUUUAGCUUUUCUGUCUAUGUUUUGUCCCCUGAAUCGCUGUACUGAGGGUCCCCCAAUCCACCCCCACCCUGGUUUUAACACAUCUCUUUCCACAUACUGAGAAAGGCUCGGAUCAGCUGAGACUCAGUGAAUAAACUCUGAACUGUCAUUACUGUAAAAAGUUUCUAUGAUCACAUCAAUGAAGACUUUACCUUCUCAUCAGUGGAGAAGACUUUCUGUUUGGGCCUUUCCAA